GAGAGCCCUCUCUCUUCUCUCUCUUCUCUCUCUCUCCUCUCUUUGAAGCUUUUUUUCUUGUUCUUCAACAUUUCUUUCAAGUUUCAAUUUAGUGGGGUUGAAGGAACUCCCGCUCUGCUGCUUGUUUCGCACUCAUCGGGGAUCUAAUUUCGAUAAGAUUUUUCCUUCUCUGUUCUAAUUCUUCCAAUUUACUCCAUUCCCAAUGUUAUCUUCACUUCAUACCACUCGAUUCGCAAACCAGACGGAUUGAAUCAAAAUUUCGAGUCAGAAAUGGAGAAUUACAUCGGAAAAAGGAAACCCACCAUCGCCCUUUCGCUCUUCACCGCCUUGUCCGCUUCUUUCUCUUCUGAUAAAACGAAAUCCGCUCGCGAUUUCGAGAACGGCGUUGUUGGGUUGGGCAUAGUUGCUGCCAUGACUGAUUCCCACAAAUUUCAUGAACCUUUUGUGUCUUCCAAAGCGGUUUCUCCCAUCGUUUCUUCUGCUAAACCAGCCGCUAAUUUCAGAGGUGGUCUUAACCUAGAAAAGGAACAACCCGAGGUUGUUGAUGAACUUUCUGAAAGUUACACUUGCGUAACUUCACAUUUUGGUAAUCAUAUGAUUGAAAAGCGUGUUUUCUUUAACGGUGAGCUUGAAAUGGUUAAUGGCCGCUCUUCCAAUAUGGUGACAUAUGGGGUUUUUUCCACUUCCCCCAUGAGUUUUGGUGUAGCGGAGAGAGGGCUUUUUGCUGCUGAAUUUUUGAGCUCUUGUCAUCUCUGCUGCAAGCAUCUUCAUGGGCUUGACAUCUUCAUGUACAGAGGGGAAAAGGCAUUUUGCAGUGUCGAGUGUCGCGACAAACACAUCAGAGGCGACGAUUGCAGGGAGAAGUGUGGAUCGAAAGUCAUGAAAGACUACUCGGCGUUGCCUUGUUCCGUGGCUGCCCCCCCUGCCUUGGCUUCUGGUGUGGUUGCAGCUUAGGUAUAAAAAAUGUAUGAAUUGUGAG